AUGGCAUCCUCGACCGUCGCUCACAUGAGCAUCUGGACGACCUCCAUGUCAGUCCGCCGCGCCCGCCAGCUUGGGAUCGAGUCAACGGAGUUCAUUUCCGGACUUGCGCUGCAAAGCUGACACUCUCCCAUCUCUUCACUUUCUCCCCAGGUACGGUGUCGGAUGGCACGGAACUGGUACCCCGAUCAACACGCAAGAAGGAGGUUACUGUGAGUCUACUGCUGUUGCGGUUAAAUUCUCAUCCGGAUACAGGGCGCGGGCUGAUUUUUCCCGCCGAACUGGAUACUCUUUCGCAGUCUCCUACGACAGUCAGUCCCAGAAGCAUCAAUUAUAGAGGUGAAAAACAUGUGCAUUAUGACAUUGUGCUGAUGACCUCUACUCCCACCUCGCCCAUCGCUGCUAUAGCCGUAGACCCCGUCGCUCCUCUCGGCCCGAACUGGACCAACCAAGACGACUGGUGGUUCCGGUGAGCCCCUUCGCCGCGGCCGCGAAUAGAGGCCAGAAAAGUAGCUAAACAUUGGCUUUCCUGUUGCAGUGGACCUGCUGCGCGUGCUCUGAAACCCUCCCCCGGCUCUGUCGAGAAGUUGCCUGCCGGCGGACAAUGGACCGUUCAGGUAUGUAACCCUUCCUUUUCGUCCCUGUCACCAUACCGCCGCCGCUGACUUCUGCGUGUCCUGCAACACAGAUUGCUUGCCAUAUCGCAUGGACAUCGUACGGUGUUUCUACUACCACUCCUGGCUCUCUUCUCGAUGCCUGUCCCGGGAACCCCGGUGCCUACCACUCUGGUGAUCCCGCCGCCACCGACAUCGACCGCAACCUCCUGAGUGGGUGCGCUCUCGGUAUCGCCGACGUCGACGACAUCUCCAAGGUUACCAUCGACAACCUGGCCAUCUUCUCCGUCAAGCACUCUUGCGUCGCCAAGAAGUUCAACACCUUUGACAUCCCCGCGGCCAUGCCGGCUUGCACGGGCAAGAAGUGCAUCUGCGGUUGGUUCUGGCUCGCUAACAAUGGUACCGGCAACUUCUACAUGACCGCUUUCGACUGCGCCGUCACUGGUGCCAAGGCGGACGCUUUGCCCAUCGCUGCGCCCAAGGACCCCGUAUGGUGCGCCAAGACAGACACGGCUUGCAUGGCCGCUCGUCCAGGUGGAGCCAAGCGCCCCCUCUACGCUUACAACUCGCCUUCCAACAUUGUGUGGAACGGCAACGACGACCGACCGGGCUACCACGCCAACUGGGGUUUCCCCAACGAUGGCGCGCAGAACGACAUUUUCGUCAACGCGUCGUCGGUUAAGUCGACCUCUGCUGGUGCCUCCCCCACUCCUGCUUCUCAAGCAUCCCCGACGACCGCCGCAGCGAGUCCGGCUUCCCCCGCCUCCUCCACGUCUGCGUCUCCCGCCCCUACGAACUGCGCACCGUCUGGCUGGUCUAGUAAGGGCUUGGGCAAUGAUGGCUACGACUGCGACUCGACCGGUGCCACGAUCCCCUACGUUGCUGAGGACUUGAUGGACUCGAACGGAAAGUGGCAAUACUAUGGUGUCAAGUACGGAUGGCAGCCUGUGAGUGGUGAAACCUGCUUUGGCGCUGUGAUACGCACUCUGCGGUUUGUUCUGACGUUGCCCAAAUGUAACUCAUUUGCAGUCCGAGCCGUGGAACAUCCCGAGCGCCAAAUGGGUCCCUCCCACGCAGUGGACCGUCACUGAAGCUCUCAAGGCGAAAUGGUGGUCUCCCGCUUCGUCUUGGCUGUACCCUUCGGACUGGGACAUGAGCAAGCUCCUGCCCAUGUGGGAAAAGCUCGACUCGAACUACCUCGACCCUUACGGGGCGGGCGCCACACCUUCCCCUGCGGCUUCACCUACGACCAAGUCCAAGACGACGACCACGUCCAAGACCACUAAGACGUCAACGACCACCUCUUCCACCACCACUGCCAAGGCCUACCAGAGUUCGUCAACGGGUGCGGUGGCCGUCGGUGCUACGACGACAACGACGACAACAACGACAACGACGACGACAACGACGACGUCGUCUGCGGCUCCUGUCCAGACCACCGCCGCCGCCGCCGUCAACCUCGCGCUGCAAGCGACGGCUACCGGUUCGUCGUACCGCUCCGGAUCCGAAUACAGCAAGCUUAUCGACGGCAACACCCAAGGUCUGAACGACAAGGGUACGGGCAGCGCUCGAGUCGAAUGGAUCUCGCGCAGCCAAACCGUUGGCGCAUGGGUUCGUCUUACCUGGAAAUCGACGCAAACCUUCAACCAGGUUGUGCUCUACGAUCGACCGCUCUCGUCCGAACAGAUCACCGCCGGUGUCCUCAUCUUCGAUGGCAACCUCCAAGUCCCCGUUGGGUCGCUGAAUAACGAUGGUGCCGCGACGGCGAUCAACUUCACGCCCAUCCAGUCCAAGACGGUCACCUUCUUCGUCAUCGGCACCAACACCGCCGCUUCGGCCGUCGGUCUCUCGGAGCUGCAAGUAUUCAACCAAGCCAGCACCGCCAGUUCGACUCGCGUCAUGACCCCUCAGAAGCGUGACGUCGUCAACGACUUCAUGGACGCGUUCAACGAACCUGCUCAUCCCGCGGGCACCCGUCACCCUCGGGACUUCAAGUCAGCCUCGAUCGCCCAGCGAAGCCCCUCUCCCCUCGUCGCCGAGGAGGACCCUCUGGCGAAGCGAUGCGGAGGGAUGGAUCACUCGUGCGAGUUGACGGCCGAGAAGUUGUUUGCUUGA